AUGCUAGGGUAUAUGGUUGACAGAUGUACUGAGUACGCAUGUGCACAACACCUUCCGAAGCUGUUGGACCGCACACAACGUAUUCCCGUCAUGGAGACAGAGAAACACAAUACAGACAACACGAUGAUGUCAGAUAUCAGAGCGCUGAAUAAG